CCCAAUGGAGUCCGGAGGAUUUUGCCUCAUUAGAGACGAGGUGUCGCCGAUACGCCCCGGCUCCCUGACCUGGCCCCGGAGGGGAGGGGAGCCGCCCUGGCCGGGACCCGGACUCCGCGGGGGCGGCAGGUGGAGGAGAAAACCCGACGCAGGACUAGAGUCGGAGCCGCUGGCGGAGCGAGGAGAUGAUACAUAGAAAUGAAUCCUGUACUUCAGGGCAGGUACCUAUGAGCUACUUAUGCUGCCUAAUUUACAUAUUGGAAGAAUGGACUGGUGUGGAGUACCUUGAGGACUAUCUGAAUUAUGUGGCCUACCUUUUAUGGGUGUUUACUCCACUCAUAAUAGUUUUUAUACUUCCUGGACUUAUCCUCCUCCUCCUCUACAUUUCCAUUAUUUUUCUUUAUGUUUAUAAGAGGAAGAAUGAACUAAAAGAGGCUUAUUCCAAUGAUAUCUGGGAUGGUGCAAGGCAAAUGGUGGCAACUUUAUGGGAUGGACAUGCAAGAAUAUGGCACGGUUAUGAGGUUCAUGGUCUGGAAAAACUACCAGAAGGACCUGGGCUUGUUGUUUUUUACCAUGGUGCAACUCCUAUAGACUAUUUCUACUUCUUGGCUAAACUCCUUAUACUGAAGAACAGAAUGUGCUAUACGGUAGCUGAUCACUUUGUCUUUAAAUUACCAGGUUUUAAACUUUUACUUGAUGUGUUUGGUGUUAUGCAUGGACCAAAGGAAGAAUGUGUUAAAGCUCUGAAGAAUGGCCACUUGGUGGCUAUCUCGCCAGGUGGAGUUAGAGAAGCACUCUUUAGUGAUGAAACCUAUGUUCUUGUAUGGGGUAAUCGUACGGGCUUUGCUCAGGUGGCCAUUGAUGCAAAAGUGCCCAUCAUUCCUAUGUUCACACAAAAUGUUCGGGAAGGAAUUAGGACAUUAGGAGGAAUAAGAUUAUUUAGGUUGAUAUAUGAACGUCUUCGAUUACCACUUGUUCCUAUAUACGGAGAGUUUCCAGUCAAAUUUCGUACAUACAUUGGAGAUCCUAUUCCAUAUGAUCCAAAUAUAAAUGCCGCAGAACUGUCUGGAAAGGCAAAGGCUGCAAUCCAGUCUUUAAUAGACAGACAUCAGAAAAUACCAGGAAAUGUAUUUAGGGCUUUAAUGGAACGAUUUGAGACGACACAGAAAGAAGACUAGUGUGUGGUGCAUAACAAACUACACAUUUACUUGUAAUAUUUUCAAAACUGUUUAACUUAUAUUAUCCUCAAAAUUGAUUAUUACAUGCAUUGUCUUAAUGAUAUUUCUUUUUUAAUGCAGAUGUUUUCUGUAUAGUUUAACAAGAGCUGUGAGCAAUGAUUUUUUUUUUCCCCCUUCAGUGACCACUAUCAAACUUGAGCCCAAACUUGCAGUUUUACUCAGGUAAAAAUCUGACUAAAGUAAUUCGCUUUCAAGUGCAGUUCUAUAUUGAAAAAUAACUUAGUGAAAAUGACAUUGGAGGCUUCCAUAUUCAUGGUCUUUUGAUAAUUUCCAUCUCAAAUUUGCAGGUAAAAAAAAAAAGUUUUGUCUAACUGCCAAGCCUGCAAACUCAUGGCAGAUUCUGACAUACAAGCUAGAUUCUUUCUAUCUAAACCAUCACCAGUAAUAGAGGUUCUUCCAACUAAAUAAAGCCCUGAACUACACCUGUGAAAACCUAUUUUCUUUAGAUUAUGCCCUUGGCUACAUCUGUACAAACUUAAAUUACAUUCAAAGGUGUUGGCAUAGACAGGUGUAACUAGUCACCUAGUUUUACAUGCAGAUCCUGUAGUCCUGGUGGAAAUGCUUCAGCUGGAAGGUAUCCAGCUUUAUUGUUGGAGCCCAGAAAGAGUUUGUGGGGCUGGAGCUUUAUUAGAAGGAAAACAAAAACAACACCCUCCUUCCUCCCCCCAAGAAACUGAGCAAACUUCUUACAGAAACCAGUAAGACACAAUACAUAUGGAAUCCCAUAAUGCUAUUUUGAUGAAGUCAUUUUUCAGGGUAAAACCACAUGGUUUUUUUUUUUUUUGUCUCUGACUAAACACAGUAGCCCCAUAAAUCUGCGAACAGAAAACCAGAUUUUCUGGCACAGUGAACUGAAUGCCUAAUGUUUCAGAAAGAAGGCAUGAGUAAUAUUCAAAACUGCAACAGUCAGAAUUUUUAAUUGUAUUACAAAAUAGAAUGCAAUGUGUAAUGUUUUUUUCAAAGUUUCACCAUAUUUCCUGUAGAUAAGUACUCAGACUGUCAGUGACUGUAAAAUUAAUGUCUGGGAGUGUUCUUUAAUUGUAGGAGGCCAUCAUCUCCUGGUAGGCCUUUUUAAAAACAAAACAAAACACUUUUAAAGAGACAAAGAGCAAAUCUUUUUCACUUAACUGUUACAGUUUGGUUAAUUCCUGCAAACACUUAUGGACAUGCCUUACUUUACACACAACUUAGACACAUUGAUUUAAAUGGGACGUAUGUGCAUAUGUUUGCAGGAUCAGGGUUUUAUAUUCAGUGUAGAGUCAUUGUAUGGGGGGAACAAAUGUCUGUACAUUAUAAGAUCUGUAGAAACAGUUCAUCUCUGUGUACACUGUGGUGUUCUGUUUGAUUUUAAAUGUUUAGUUAAAAUGUUUAAGCUUGAAAAAAAUCAUGUUGUGAAAACAAAUGCCCUUUCCACAGUCUUUGUUGAUUUGUGAUCUACUUGAAAACUUAAGGGGAUGCUAUCAUGAUCUAAGAAUAACUUUAACUUUAAUUUAUUGUUCUGUUUUAUGCAUUAGACCAUUAAAACUGAGAAUUUUUACUAAAACUUAUUUUUGGGUAAGUUAGAUACUUUAUUUUUGCAUUUUUCUCAAGGUGGGCAAUGAAAACAGAUUAGCUAAUCUGUAGAUACCUUUCAGGAUGCAGUAGGGCAGUGCUGCACUGUUGGAGUAGCACACAUUAUAGGGGAACACUUAAUUCUUUUUUCAUGGGAAUUAAAUGAGAGAGAGAGAGAGAGACCUAUUAUGUUGAUCUUAAAUUUUGAAAAACUUGCUUUUACUUCACAUGGGGCCAAAUUUCACCUGACUUUGUCCCUUUAAUUUAAGAAGUAUUGAAACCUAAGUAUCAAAUCAAAUGCAGUAUCUGUACUUUUUAGAUAUUAAAUACACUUUUUGUUUGUAUAGGCUUUUCAUAUUUAAUUCUCUAUUUGUGAUAUGUACUGUAUAAACAUACCGUACAGACAAAUAAAAUUGAAAUUACAAUUGGA